AUGUAUGAAUUGUGGCGAGGAGAAGGCGCCACGUGUGGGCCUGCGUACACCCGGGGGCGGGCGCUCUGCGCCGCCCCACAACUACAUAUUACAUACCCACCAGAUGGUUUAUUGACAUCGGGAAAUACUAAGCAUGAUGUAGACUUGGAACCGCACAUCAUCGCACCUGACCCAGUCGCAUCAGACAAUUGUUUAGAUGAAUUUUCUCCGGUACAUAAGUUCCUGUUGAACACGACUGAGGGACUAGACACAAUGAAUACGGGUGGAGAUGAGCCAUCAUCUAGUUUAAACGGAAGAUUGAGGCCACGAAAGUCCAACAAUGCCAAUUCCCAAACUUAUAAAGUCUUGCGUAAAGCAGACGGUAAAUCUUUCUCAUGUAAACCUAAACGAAUCAGCACUCCCUCCAAAGUGUCGCCAAAUAAAUCGGAUGAACUCGUUAACAAGUCUGAUAACACGCCAGUUCUGCAACUUCUUUGCCCAUAUUGUGAUAAAAAAUUCACAUCUAGACAGACUGCAUCCAAGCAUGCUCGGCGUAUUCACUUGUCGCCUUUAAAACAAGAUUUUGUUAUUGAUUGCCUUUUCUGUAACCAUGCAGAAUCACAAUCCAAUGAUAUCAUUCGGCACAUGGUGGAUAGUCAUCCUAAUCAGUACUUCGCUUGCCUUGAUUGUCAUACCCGUUUUUCGUCCACGUCGGAUCUGGCUGAACACAAGCUUAAUGUUUGUGAAAAGCAAAAGAUACCAUAUCGAAGUAAACUCCGGCAGAAAUCAUCAGAAAUCAAAAAGAACCAAAAAACACUCUGUGUUGAUGGAAGGGAUAAUUUUCGGAAUGAAAAGGAGUUUUCUGGUGGACAUGGCUUUAACGGCAUCGUUAUAUCUUGUGAGCUUAAACCAGCCCACGUGCAUGACGAUGCCGACAUUGAAGAUAAUAUAACUACAAAUUUAAUUUUACCUUCAGGCAAGGGAAUUGGCAAUAACGCAAUACUGAUCAAAUUUUAUCUAGGCUGGGUGUGGUACACCGAUCCCCCCGUACUGGAGAAUCUACUAAAAAAAGAUUGGCUUAAAACUGCUGAUGAUUCAACACAAAAAUUUGAGAAGUGUUUCGACACAAGUUUUUAUACAAAAGUUGCCAGUAAUGUACAAGAAAAUUUGUCAAAAUAUCUUGAUGGAUCGUUUAAUGCUAACCCUGAUCGUGAUACUACAAUAAAAACAAGAAAAGCUAAAAAUUGUGUGACUAUUAAUGCGGUAGAAGGUUUUCCAACUCUUCUAGCUUGUGAACAGUACUCUCGAAAUUUAUUUGAUAGUUACAUGCCGCGGGCUGUUGCCCCGAAACACAAAUGGAAGUGGGACAGUCCAGAAAACGAUAGAUCUAUAAUCAAUCCUGAUCAAAUGAAACGUGACUCUCAUUUAAAUAAUUGUAUAAUAACGUUGGUGUCUAGCUUGGAUAUCUGGACCCAAUUAAGUAUGAGACGAAAAUUCGAAGAUAAGUUUAAUAGCUUACCGUUAGGAAAAAAGACUGAAAAACAAAAUACUAUCAGUAAGGAGUUGAAAGAAAUACUUGAAAGUAGAGAUAUACCAACAUCAUCUACGCAAGUUGCAAAAUACACCAGUAAAGCUGUCACUUCAAGCGAAGGAAUUGAUUUUCCCGCUUUAUUAGGGCUGACACCUGCAACACCUUCAUAUGAUUUGCAGCCAGCGGUGUUAAGUGGCGAGUGGGUGAGGCCCCGUUGCUAUGUUUGCUGUGCAUGUGGAGCUCAGACGCGUGAUUCACGAGCUUUAUCUACACAUAUUUCUACACAACAUCCUAAUGCAUAUGUACAACAUUAUGAAAUCGUAGGAGAACCUUUACUAAAUGCUGAUAUACUUAAACAUUUGUACUUGCCACCAAGCCAAAAUCUUAAUAGAACUCGCCCACUAAGAGGGUUUAGAGAGUGCACAAAAUGCAAAAAGUCCGUUACCCUUGAAGAAUUACACCAACAUAUGUUAGAUUGCGCGGGAGACACUCCGGCUGUACGGAGAAAAUGCCGCUACCGACCCUUCGGCGUUCGCAAACGUCGUUCACGGCUUCCGGACAAUAGAAUUCGAAAAAAAAUGCGUAAAGAUAUGAGGACAGGACAAGCAAAUGACAAAAAUCAUAUGAGGUCUCGACCAAGAAUAAGAUCUGAAGUUGGCGAUGCUGAGACUAUACGCAAAAUGUUAGCUGACCUACCAGCUAAGCGUCAUCGGGUUAUGGUCAAUCCAUUGAAUUCAUUGCCACGUAAAACACUUGAUGGAAAAAGAAAUAAAUUAAUCAUGAAGCAAUUUUCCUCGGGUGAUCGAAAGAAAAGAAAUACACCUGGAGAAUCGCCCAGUUCAGAAUGUAGUAAAGCUUUUACUAAUAUUAAGCAUAAACAUGGCGCUUUAAAUAAUGAUGAAGAGGACGAUGAAGAUGAUAAUUUACCUUUGCGACCUAAAACCAAUAGCAUCGAAAAUAAAAUCUCACGCCACAAAAAAUCUUUAAAUAAAAAUGCAAUUAUGAAUCGGUCUAAAAGAAAACCAAUUAAGGAAAUGAAGGUAAUUAUUGAAAAAUCUAAUGAUAUUUCUGUCGACUGCACAGAGGAUAACCAACCUGAGCAAUUGUCAAUUGAUAAUACUCCGGCAAGGAUAGAUGUAAACGUUGGUCCGUGCAACAUGAGGGAACAUUCAAGCCGAGGAGGAUCUAAUAACAGAGAUGAUCAGCAACCAGGCUGCAGUCAACCUAAUGGAAAUUUAAAUAAUUCUACUGCUCCAACUCAAAAUGUUCCUCUUAAACAUUCAAUUGCUCGUUUGACCGCUGAUUCUGAGACUCAUGAUAAAUCAGUACAAUUUCAUCAUCUUUUUCUUGUUCAACAAGAAUGCAAUAAUAUAGAUCACCAUUUACCUUCUGAUCGUCGUAUGCUUUUUGAAAACGAAGCAGUGGUUACUAAGCUUGAUAAACCGCCUUUACACUUUAAUCAAAAAAUAUUGGAGCAUGAAAAUCCUAGAAGGAACAAAUUAAGUAAGCCUCGUAAAGGAUUGAAUGAUUGCAUUGCAAUGUUAAAAAAUAAGUUAACGCCAGCAAAUGAGAGUGACGUACCUGGACAUGUUUCUGUUCAAUGUGGCACUGAUGAUCCCAUUGAGCCAGAACCAAUAAUAAUUGAGAAAAACUCAACCAAAAUAGAUGCAAAUCCUAACAUUGUAAAGAAAACUACCGAUCCCAUAAUAUUGUCACAAGUUUCGAUACAGAGUAGUGCAGUAGAACAAGUAAAUAUUGAACAAUUAAAACCUCGUGAAUCUAAUUGCGAUGUAACAUCUCGAGAGAUUACUACAAAUGAUAAAAAUAACGAGGAAUUAAUAUUUAGAAACCACACUCCGGAGCCGGAACAAACAUGUCAAGAUAAAGUCAUAGCGAUUGACGAACAUGACGAUACAGUUUCGAUAUAUGUAUCGACUACACAGAGUAAUAUGCGACUAGAAAACGAAAGUGCACAUAAUUUUGUACCUUUAGCGCCACCAAGAAAUACAGUUAUUAGAAAAUCUCCAAAAAUGUCAAUUAAUUCUGCUGCUUAUGAAGAGGAACUAAAAAUCAAGUACAAAAACUCUCCUGCCGAGACAAUGGACAGUAUUAAGAAAGGUUGUAAGACACUAAAUAUGAAUGAUGCCAAUUUACUGAGCGAAUUGUCACCAAAAUUAACGGCAGACGUUCCCUUCGAAUGUAGUAAUACGCAAUCACGACCAAUGAACGCUCAAGUUCAAAAUGAUUUAACUGAUAAUUUAUUUGGGUUGACUUCUUUAAAUACCUGUUCCUCGGGUUUAAAAUCUCAUGUGAAGCCAAGAAACCAGGAAAAUAUAUGUUUUUCAUCGAAAGAACUAAAUAUACAACAUAAUCAUGGUAUAUCUCGUAAAGUUAGUCUUGAAUAUUCUCCUGCUGACUUUCAAGAUGUUCCAAUCGUAAUUCCUCCUGCUCAUGCUAGUACGAACGUUGAGUCAAUUUUAUCGACACCUUUGGAUUUAUCUGGAAAAAAGAAUCAUAUAGAUGAUUCAGUAAAUUCUUCUAAUCAGGAAAUUUCUUUUAUUGAAAAUACUUACGAAAGCUAUGAGACAUUAGAUCUGUCUAAUAAAAAUGUAUCUGUUGCUGAAUCUCUUAAAGGUAAUGUUAUUUCGAAAGUGGAUCAUCCUACGGAUGUUAUUGUGGAUUUAAGCAUUAAACCAACACCCCAAUGUCCUCAAGACAUUUCCGCAAAUUUGCGUACAAAACCUGCAAUUAUUGAUGCCACUCCAUCACCAUCAGAUUUAUCAUACGAAAAUGUUCCUACGGAUUUAUCGAUUAAGAAAGUAGGAAGAACUGCUUCCGUUGACUUAAUUCCAAAACGACCGGAAACGGAUUUCGUCCAUGAUUUAUCUAAUCAUAAGUCGUUCAAGCAAAGGGAAGCAUUUCAAGAUUGUUUCAUUGAAACUGAAUAUGAUAAUAAAGAUAUGCCGACUGAUUUAUCCGGUAAAACUUUAAAGGACAAAUCUUCAGUAAUAGACAUUUCUUCACGGGAAAUUGAUGCGAAAACAAAAAGCCGAGAAACUAAAGGUGUUGCUCAAAUUGACCUAACACAAAAAUCUACUCAGAUUAUAAACAAUGCUUGUGAAAAUAUUGCAACGGAACGGAUACUAGAUGUUACUCCACCUCUUAAUGAGAAUAUUUGCGAAGGUAAUGAAAUAAACAUACUAGAAAAUCCUCCUAUACAUUUUUUACCAUUGAUGGAUGAAAACGAUAAUACAACGACUAUACAACGGCAUUUUCAAACAACCCCAAUUUCAAGACCUGAAAAUACGUACCACAGUUCGGAUUCCCGACACGUAACUAUUAUUGAGGAAACAGACCAUGAUGACGGUACGAUAGCCACUGAAACAGUGUCAAAUAAUUCUUUGGUUGAUAAAGUUGUUUUGACACAAGAAAAAUUAUUGGGCGAAAUUGAAAGACCUAUUUUAAGUCUUGCAGUUUGUACUAUCGGUAACACAAUACCUCUCUAUACUUUGAUAAAUCGAAACAUCGCUACACACGUGCCUGGUUCGAAACUCGAAAGUACUACCCCAGUGUAUACUUUAGCCAAUGCUUGUAUAUCUGUGACUAAAAUUGAUACUUCUUGUUCGGCAACUUUGACAAAUGCUUUGUUAAGCAUUCCUGGAACAAUAAUAGCUAGUACAAAGGCUGUUUAUACUUUAGCAGGGACUACAGUAGAUCCAUCAGUUAAUUACGGUACUGUUUCUUUUCCUAAUCAGGUUAGUAGCGGAAGCACUAGUAUAAAUGAACAUUUAUAUAAUAUCCCAGAUAAUGACUUAACAUCUGAGGUGAAAGGUUUUGAGAGCAAUUCUACGCAAUCCAGCAACAUAUUAAAAGAAAAUGAUGAUCAUGCUAAAGAAGAAAUAAUUGAUUGUGAUUUGGAAGAAGACUUUGAAACAGCGAGAAAAAUUGCGAUGUUGCCCAGAGAAUUAGUGGAAAUUUUAGGUAACAUGCCGGUUGAUCAUCGAAAUCAAUUAUUAAACGUUCUACCGCAUUAUGUAUCAAAUUCAGCUUCUCUUCCAGCAUCGGAUACAGCAUUGCAUUUAAAAAAUAGGUCAAGAUCAGAAUCCAUAGGAACACCAUCACCAUUGAUGCAAGACUCCUUAAAAAUGGGGCAGAGCCAUAAUGAAAUAACUCCUAAAAAGAAAAACAAUGACCAAGUUUCAGUAAAUUCACAGGAACUAAAUAAUAUUUCUGUUAGAAUGGUUGGGUCGACAUCAGCUUCUCCAAGCGUUUUGCACGUAUCUGCACCACAGUCUGUUAUUCUUAAAACACCUACAUUUACAGAAGACCAUAAAAUAAAAAAAUCUUUGAAUACUACAGCAACGAAUCGUGUUGUAGAUCAUCAGCCAAAAGCCGUUCCAUUAAAAGAUAUUCAGAAUGCUAUCAUAGACUUAACUGAUGAUGAAAAUGGGCUUCACAUUCAAGAUGACGUGCAGAUUAUUGAAGAUGACUUAAGCUUAGUAACUAAAGAAUUAAAUCGAAAUUUAGAAGGUAACUCAAAUUCAUCUAAACAAAAGGGUAUGAACGAUCAAACUGCAAGCUUAAGAGCAGUGCGUAUUAAAGGCCCGUCUGAACGAAAUAAACAAACAUUCCCAGAAAACUCUUUGGAAUCGCAAAAUGAUUAUAACCCUUCCAUUACUGGUCUUUCUGACCAAUGUGAGUAUAGCAAUGACGACAAAAAUAUUGACAUCCAGAAACAUGACAAUGAAGCCGAGAAUAAAUUAUCACAAAUCACAAUUAUAAAUACACCACUCAAAGUUAAUGAGAGUGAAUUGAGUACAUUUGAUCCAAAUCAAACACGUGCUUCUGUGUUUGCUAUGGAAAAAGGUCAGGCUGCUAAUCACCAAGAAGUUCUAAUUGAUAGUACAUCUUUAAAAUCUACAAUUAUUAUAAAGCCAAAUGCAACUGAAAAAAAAUUAGACGAAUUUCAAGACAAGUCAAAUGAUGAAGGGUAUGAUAGAAAUAAUACAAAUAGGGAGUCUAUAGAUUCAUCACCGAACUUAUUUCAGAAUGAAGGUGAUAGGGAAGUUAUUAUUUUAGACUUCAACGGCAUAAACGAAACUCGCACUUGUGAUGCUUCUGAAGAUAUUACUUCACUAGCUAAACCCCACUUUUGUUUGGACAAUCGUUAUUCACCCACAAGACAGUUCAUGAAAAAUAGUGAUGAAGAUUCCGAUGAUGAUGUGUCUUUGGCGGUUAUAGUAAAACAAAAGCAGCAUGAUCAAUCAAAAUUAUCAUCUAUGUAUGAUAAAUCUACGGGUACGCCAAUUGAUCCCACUACUGAUAGUAAGAAUAGAAAAAAAGAAAAAAGAAACAGAAAGUCUGAUCCAAAAAGUAUUGACAACGAAAUGGUACUAAAAACGAACACGGAAAAUACGUCAAAUAAUUCAGAUGAAUUGAUAAGAAAUUGUGAAGAAAUAGAUGGUACGGUGCUUCGUAAAAACUGUUUGAAUUUAGUUUCAGAUGAAGAUGAAGUUACGAACCAUAUACAUAAAAGAAAGACUAGAAAAAGACGACUUGAAAGAUCAGUUACGAAAUCAGAGAUAACCUCUAAAAACAAAUCAAAUUCAUUAGAAGAAAUUGACGUCACACGCGAAAACAAUAAAACUUUUAAAAACAGCAUAAGUAAAACAAAAAACAUUGAAGUAAAUAUUAAAUCUAAAACUUCUCAUCAAACGUUUUCUUCUAAGACUAUUGAUAUUGGUAGUAACGAAAUUGUUGUAAAUAAUGGCGUUCAAAAUAAAUGUUGUUAUGAUAAUCCUACACAAACUUUUGAAAUAAAGAAUGACCUAAAACGAUGUCAAACAUCAAAAACAGUCAAAGAACACCAAUCGAAUGAUGUUAUAUAUGACAGCAUAAAUUCAAACGAAAGCACGGUCAAAGAAUAUUUACAAGAAACGAAUCGAAGUAUCUGUCCCGGUUCUAGAGCUUACACUAAUAGUUCAGUUAAAGAAAUAAUUCACAAAAAACUGAAAGACAUCGACAGUAAAGCAUCGUUUGUUGCUCAUGAGUGCUGUCAAAUUAAUCUUUUAAUACAACCGAGAAGAAUCGAAUCAGUCGAAUCAAUUAAUUCAAAAUCGGAUAUGUCAUCGGUUUGUACUAAUUAUGAUAAUAGUUGUGGUGAUGAAAAAUUUAUAAAAUUACACAACGAUACACGUCAUAUUGAAUUUAGCGAUAAAGAUUUUACGAAGAAAAAAGCUGUUCGCAUGAAAAAACAUAAAAAUGUUGAUGCUACAGGACCAAUUGUAGGACCUGAUGGACCAGGACAAAGUGUAUUAGUUGAAAAUGAAGAAAGUAAAACAAUCCCUCUGCGACGAAGUCGCCGCGGUAAAUCACUAUUUGUUGAUAGUAAUUUAGCAGAUCCUGAAAUUUCAUACCAAAGUUGUACCACUGAAUUAAAAACUCCGCUUACUAAAAAACAGCUUAUUUUUUCGAAACUGUUAUUAGACGAAGAUAAUAUUACGAAACCCAUCACUUUGAGAGAAAAAGAACCAAUUGUAAUUAUUAAAAACGUUAAGAUAAAUUCCCAUGUAACAUCUGUAGUUCGCCAUGGAAAUAAUAAUGAUAAGAAAUCGCAAGAGUCUGUUAGUAAUGCGUCAAAACAAAGUAAAGCUUCUAAAAGAAAAAAAUCUCCACAGGUAAAACGAAAAACGAAAAAAAUUAAAUCAGCAGAUAAUGUACGCGUUGAAAGUGUAUGUUUAUCACAUAUCACUAAAAAUAAUCGAAUUGAAAACAAUAGUAAAUUAGAAAAACAUAAUCAUGACCAGAGGAAUAAUCAACUUCAAUCAAAAAAUGAGACGUGUGUAGAAAAUACUAAAAUACUGGCUGCACAAAAUCAAGAUUGUAUAGGUCUCAAACAGAACGCAAAAAAAGUGGAAUGUGACUACAAUGAUGCGGUUAGUACAAAUCUAUGUAACCCAGAUCUCAGUCAUAGCGGACACCUCACUACUAAUACCAUAUCAAGUUUUGUCGAAAACCGGAAAAUUUGCUGUACAAUUACCAGUGCAGAUAUCAUUUCCACAUAUAAAAAAUCGAAAUUUAAUAAUGAACUUGGCAUAUCAAAAUCUAGUAAAAAAGAAGAAGAGAAACAGAAUAAUGAUGAAGAAAAUUUAAGAAAAAGUAGAGCCAGAAACCCAGUGACAGAAACACGUAACAAAACAUGUUAUAACUCGCAUAUUGCCGCUAGGCGAACUCGCUCAAAAUCGGUUGUUGUUAAAUCAAGUACAUCGUCAUAUGAUCCUUAUAAUAUAGACUUAGAGGAAAUGGUUGAUAAGACUGAACCUUUUGGAAAAAGAUUAAUGUCUUCGGAAAAGGUUUUUAAUGGAUUCCUUAGGGAUCAAGAUUUCAAAAAGAGAAAUAAAAGUGAGACUUCAGUUGGAGUUAAUACGGAGCCAAUUAGUAAUGGAGACAAUAUUGAUUCAGUUCAAAUUCAAAAUAAAACCGAUAACAAAUUCAAAGAGAACAUAGGUAACCUGAGUGAUUCGGAUGAUUCUUCUAAAAGUGAUAUACCGUUGCAAAAAUACGUAGAAGAAAAGGAAAAGAAGAAUUUAGAGUCAAGUUGUGAUAAUAGCAUUCCAGAAGCAGGAACUGCUAGUGGGAACAACGAAGUAACAAAAAUCUGUGAAAAGGAUGUCGAUUUAAAAGAUACGAAAAAGAACGAUGGAAUGGGCAGUGCAGAGCAAGAGUCUGAACAACAUUUAAGGUCAGAACAGUUUAUGGAAAGUUUCGGUUUCUUUUCUGAAAGAAAACCUAGAAAAUCGAAUUUACUGGCUACGAAAAAAAUUUCUGAAACAUUCCACAUUAUAGCAAAUGAAUCUGAUGACGUUAACUCAGAUCCUAAAGAGCGAACAAAUAAAAAGACAGCACAAACUGAAUCCAAAAAUUCAAAUGAAGAUGAAAGUAGUAGAGACUCAUCACAGUCCCCAACAAAAAAAGCUACAAAACGAGGUCGUAAAAAGACGAUUUGCACGAAACCCAUUCCAAGCCAUUGUCUUAUUUGCAAAAAAGAAUUCAGACGUCCCGAUAAUUAUCUGAGGCAUCAAAUGACGUUACUUCACAUUUCUAAGUUAUCAGAAAUUGAGAUGAAAAUAAAAACAACGCCUGUUUACGAAGAGCCUAAUUACCUUGUAGCUUAUAAGCAGCAAUUGGAUCGCCUAAGAUACUUAACAGAAAAGAUGGCAAAACGUAAGAAAAGCUCUAAGUCAACGUCUAAAAUGACUUUGCCAACUUUAGAUGAAAUUCUGGCUGACGUUAAUAGAACUGUUAGAGAGCAGCAAUUAUCGCGCCGAAAUCUUAGUCGAGAUGAAGCUCUAUUUCUAGAUUGUUGUGAACUCUUAAAAGAGUCUCAUAAACCUGACAUACCAAACACAGAUCAAAUUACCAUAACAAGUGAUGUAAGUAACAUUUUAACAUCAGAGGUUACUGUUGUUAAUGAGAUUAGUGGAUUAGAAAAAAGCGAUGAAAAGUAUGACACUAGAAGCGAUGGUGAUGUAGAUUCCAUAACUGCCAAAAAUAUUUUGGAAAGCGAAGAAGUACGAAAUUUGGAAAAUGAUUUAAUUUCAGGUUUAAAAGAAGCUGCAGCGAACUCCCUUACACAAACUGUGAAUAGUCUCGGUUAUCAACCUUCUAUAAGUGAAGUUAAUCCAGAUCGAAAUACACAUACAAAUGACUUUUCAAGUUUACCUCUUACCGUAUCAAGUCAUGAAUCUGUAAGUUGUUGUGAACAACCUGUGGAUGAACUCACUACUUCCAAAUGUAAGAAAAGUAAUGAAGUUAAGGAUAAAAUGUACCCAGAUGUGAUUGAUACAAUAGAUAUGUUUGAAGAUAAAUUUGACAAAAUUAAAAGAAAAUGCAGGUCUCAAGCUGCUGCCGCUAAACACGUUCAGCCUGUAGUAGAAUCAAGUUCAAGCCCCAAGGGACGGAAAAAAUCAGAGAGGAAAAAGGGUAAAAGAAGUUCCAAGAAAAACUAUCAUAAUUCAAUACUAACCAAGGGGGCACUAAAAGGAUUUGACGGCAUUAAAGUCUCUAUUCCGACUUCUGAUAUUAAUAUGGCAGCGAUUGUUCCGCCUAUUGAGGGCUCUUCAAAGAAAAAGAGGAAAAGCAAUCCUAAGAAGAAAACAGAUAAAAUGGAUGUUGAAAUAAAAUGCAAAAGCAAUACGGAUCAUAGACCCAAAACUACCCCCCAGAAGGUUGACGUUUACGAAUUUAUGGAUAAUGAUGAUGCUGAGUUGUUUGAAUUUAGACCAUCAACUUUAAUGGAAAGAUUUAAAACUAUAAACAGUCGGGCUGCACCAAGUACUUCUAAAUUUAUCCCACAUGUUGAGAAAGAUGACUUGUCGAGUGAGAGUGGCUCUGACGGCGAUGAUUUUGUUUACGACGAUUAUGUAUGCAGUGAUGAUGAGACUGAAAAUAGCUUGAUGUCAUGUGAGCUAGGAAAUGGAAAAAUAGCAACUGAAACUAGAAAGACUGCUUCAUCACUAAAGCGUAAAGAUGUUGUUGAAAAAAAUGCUGUCAUGGGUAAAAUAUUUAAACAUAAUGCUGUCCGCACGGAGAAAAAAAGUAGCAAAACUAAGGAGCAAGUUAAAGCAAAAGCUAAUCUCGAUCAAUUGUUUGACAGUUUGCUUGAAGAUGAGCCCGGUCCAUCUUCGUCAAAUAAUUCGUCAUCUAAAAAAGAAGAAAGUAUAUCCCCAAAGAUAAAUGAGUCUGUAUCUUUACGAAAGUGCAAUGCAACAAUUUUUAAACAAGACACGGGAAAAUCACACAGUUUUACAUCUUUAAAAAAAAAUGACUCUGUAGUAAGCUCUAAAAGACACGAUAGCCCCUCAGAACAUAUCAAUUCCGAUAGUAAACCGUCGACAUCUAAGAAACACAACUUAACUUCAGCUGGAGAUUAUUACCGAACAUCCCCAAAAAAACAUGUUUCCAGCAAGCAUAAUGCUACGUCAUCAAUAGAAUGUGAACCAUCAACGUCCAAAAAAAGUGACGAAGGGCGUCAUUCAUCAAAAAAAUUCAUAACUUCUUCAUCUAAGGACUAUCCAAAAUCUUCGCAGAAAAAAAUUGAAAAUUCAUCGCCUAAAAAGUAUGACACUAUGAUAACAGAAAAGUAUGAUAGUGAUUCUCCAAGUUUUUGCGACGAUUCUUUACCAAGUUGUUCAAAGGAUAUAUCUAGAGAAAAAUCUCCAUUACGACAGUUCGAAAAAGACAUAUACACCAAUUUUGACUACACAGUGGACACUUUGGACGACGCAAUAUCCGAUGAUGCUGGAGUAGCUCGGCAAAGGGUUCGUAGAAAAUGCACUGUUGGAAAGCAAAAUGUUCUAGCGGAGACUUGGAGUUCAGAAUCAGAACCCGAUGGUGGUCCGCCGCGGCCUAAUAGCGCUGAGUCUGUUGUGUCAGUGGUCGGGCGCAAAAAAAAGGGUAAGAAAAAAGAGGGACAGCCAUCUGGAGUGCGUAGGGGAGUGAGCCGUCAGAUGCCUAUUAAGAGACAGGAUGUCGAAAGUAGGGUAGCUCUAUUCAAUCGCAGUGCCUCAAGUGUAAGCGGCAGAAGUGGCAGUAGUGGGGAUAGUCAAGCUAGCAGUAGCGGUACAUCCGCAGCUUCUACAGCCUCCACGUCAACUGGUGGUGUGACUUCUCCCAGUUCUCGCGUGCCAUUGGGGCCACCGGGUCCCAAAGUCCGCCCGCGCUCCGCUGCUUAUUACUGGUCAUCUGAGGGAGACGAAGAGCAGGAACAUAUCCAGCAGCACGGCUGGAUCGUCGGCGACAGCCAUAAAAAAUUAGUAACCAUGCUGGCGCACGCUAAAAGACGAAAGCGUAACAAUGAUGAAAAACGUCAUGUGGUCGAUUAA